UUGGUCUUCACCAAACGCGAGGUUUUUCCGUUUUCUUCCGGGCCAAGUUGAACCUGUCCAGCCCCCGUAGGCCGUGGGUCAAAAGUGCCGGUCAAAAUGGAAGUGAAUCCCCCUAAACAGGAGCACCUGCUGGCGCUGAAAGUGAUGCGGCUGACUAAGCCUACUUUAUUCACCAAUAUCCCAGUAACUUGUGAAGAGAAAGACUUACCUGGUGAUCUCUUUAACCAGCUGAUGAGAGAUGAUCCUUCAACUGUUAAUGGUGCAGAAGUUUUAAUGUUGGGAGAGAUGCUGACUUUACCACAAAAUUUUGGGAAUAUAUUUUUGGGAGAGACCUUUUCCAGUUAUAUCAGCGUUCAUAAUGAUAGCAAUCAAGUUGUAAAAGACAUAUUGGUAAAAGCUGAUCUUCAGACAAGUUCUCAGCGUUUAAACCUUUCAGCCUCCAAUGCUGCAGUGGCUGAACUUAAACCAGAUUGUUGUAUUGACGAUGUCAUACAUCAUGAAGUUAAGGAAAUUGGAACACACAUCUUGGUGUGUGCUGUGAGUUAUACAACUCAGGCUGGAGAAAAAAUGUAUUUUAGAAAAUUCUUCAAAUUUCAGGUUCUCAAACCAUUGGAUGUGAAAACCAAAUUUUACAAUGCAGAGAGUGACCUCAGUUCUGUGACUGAUGAAGUAUUUCUGGAAGCCCAGAUUCAGAAUAUUACAACCUCACCUAUGUUUAUGGAGAAAGUUUCAUUGGAGCCAUCUAUCAUGUACAAUGUAACAGAAUUAAAUUCAGUCAGCCAAGCUGGAGAAUGUGUAUCUACAUUUAGGUCAAGAGCAUAUUUGCAGCCAAUGGACACACGCCAGUACUUAUACUGCCUAAAGCCCAAGAAGGAAUUUGCAGAAAAAGCAGGCAUCAUUAAGGGAGUAACAGUAAUUGGAAAACUGGAUAUAGUAUGGAAAACAAAUCUAGGUGAAAGGGGAAGGUUACAGACCAGCCAACUUCAAAGAAUGGCUCCAGGUUAUGGAGAUGUUAGGUUGUCUUUGGAGGCAAUACCAGAUACCGUAAACCUCGAAGAACCUUUUCAUAUUACCUGUAAAAUAACAAACUGCAGUGAAAGGACUAUGGAUCUGGUUUUGGAAAUGUGCAAUACCAAUUCCAUCCACUGGUGUGGAAUUUCAGGAAGACAGCUGGGAAAGCUGCAUCCAAGUUCUUCGCUCUGUCUUGCCCUUACUCUGCUUUCUUCAGUGCAGGGUCUGCAAAGCAUCUCCGGCUUAAGACUAACAGACACAUUCUUAAAGAGAACAUAUGAAUAUGAUGACAUUGCACAAGUCUGUGUGGUAUCUUCGGCCAUUAAAGUGGAAAGCUGAAGGAAAUUUCCAAUGUUAUUCCUUUCAUUUAGUUUCACAGAACUGCUCUUUUUGUCACCUUUAUAAAUGAUGAUGUCAACAACAAAUAUGUUAAUUCUUUCCUGUAAAAUGGUUAAAAUAUUAAGUAUUUGUUUUGAAGAGAUCUCAUUUUAUCUUGUAAAUUAUGUUUGAAAUGAACAUGUGUAUGUUUUCUACACCUAUAAUUUCAUUUUAGGUGACCAUUGGACUUUGUUCUCCAAAAGCUGUGUAUUUGAAGCCAUUUGUCCCUAGCAAGUAUCUAGAACAGGAGUCAGCAAACUGUUUAAGUCAGGUACAAGAAGAUACUAAAUAUUUUAGACUUUGCAGGCCAUAUGGUUUUUGUCACAGAUACUGAACUCUGCCAUUGUACUGCAAGAGCAGACAGAAGGCAAAAAAAGUACAGUGGUGUACACAAAAAGAGCCAGCUGGACUCAGGAGUCUGAGGCAAGAGAAUCACUUGAAAAUUGCAGUAAUCCAAGAUCAUGCCACUGCACUCUAGCCUGAGCAACAGAGCAAGAAUCUCUCUCAAAAACAAAACAAAACAAAAAACAAAAAAACACAAAAGGCAGCUGGACAGAUUUGGCCUGCAGGAUGUAGUCUGCUGACCUCAAUCUAGGAGACAUAGUUGUUUCUCAGAACUUUUCAAUAUUUUUUUAAGAAAUAUUUCAGUUUAGUCCAGUUUUUUUCCUAGCUAUUCAGCCAACAGAAAAAGUUUACUUAAAACAAUGGUGGUAGUCAUCCUAUAACCUGAUAUUUGCUAAAACAGUAUAAGCUUUCUAGUUGUUUUCAAAAUUACUAUAAUGGUUUGUGUCUGUGUUUGUAUAUUAUACCUACAAACAUACAUGUCUUUCAGUUACUAAACAGAUCAGAGUUGGUUUUACAUUUUGGGUUAUUGGUUUUUUUCAUUAACUCUAAACUAAUUACUCUCUAAUUAUAAGCCAAAAACUCCUGGUUCUUUUUUUUUCUCAUCCUAUAAGCCACUUAUUUUUAUAAGGUAUAUUUAAAUAAUUUCUAUCUUCUGAUGUGAUUUCAAACUAAAUUAUGUAUUACUGUUAUAAAACUUUCUCCAUGUAAUCACACUUAGUUAUCAGCAAAGUAGUGAGAAAGUUGAGGUUGUAAACAAUUUUGCAGCAUGAAUGUAACAAGAAGUUUCAGUAUUUUGUCAGGAAAACAAAAGCUUAGGCUGUUAAAUAAAAGCUAUCCUAUUUUGGUGAGCUGAAAUUCAAGAAUGUAUGUAUAAUUUCUUAAAUGUAAGAGUGCAUUAAAUCAAAUACAAAAAUUGGUUUUUCAAUGCAUAAUUAUUUAUUGCCAUGACAAAUUGUUUGAAUGAAAGCUAUAUUCAGAAGGUUUGCACUCAUAAUAAUUAAUGAAAUGUCUGUAUAAAAUAAAGUGCAAGCAGUGUAAAA